AUGGAGGUCGAUCUUCCUCUUCAGUCUUCAAUAUUCAUGAACAGUCUUUACUGUCCUGGCAGAAAUAAACGAUUAAAAUCUACAUCUUUGUAACGAGAUGGAUUCACUAUUGUAAUUUACAGAAGAAAGGUAACUUUAAUAAGUAGACACACUUUUGUUUCAAACGUUUUCACUGCCAUUCAUAAUUGACGCAAAUUAUAUAGCGUGUAUAAUUUAAGAGGAUAACAUUAUUCUGGAAUUCGGACAACCUUAAAUACCUUCAGAUACAACAUAAGUAUUAAAUCUGUAAUAAAUACAUUACCAAGAUUAGCCUAACAUACUUUCAGCCAAAGACGCUAUGAUUGUUUAAUAUUUGAUAUUUUGUCAUGCGAUUAAAUUGAGCAUUAUUAUUAACUGCAUAAAGGUAACUUUUAUAAACAAUCAAACGCAUGUAUUUUUCACGUUAUUUUAACUGACGCAAAUUAUAGCAUAUUAUAGCAUUGAAUGAUUUAUUUUUGACGUCGUCGUGUCAAUAAGUGCCGUCAGGUGAGCAGACAAAUUGAAUAACGCGCGUUAGCGCGUUAUGAUAAUUUGUCUGCUCAUCUGACGGCAGUUAUUGACACGACGACGUCAAAAAUAAAUCAUUUAAUGCUUAUAUUUACAUUCCCCUACAGAAAAAAUCAAUUGUUUACUUAAAUAAAUCGAUAUAAAGUGCAGAUCACGGAAGGAGUAAAUUAGUAACAACAAGAACAGCUGAUUUGUAAAACCGGUUUAAACUGGUUUUACAGAGACUGUUGAGAUGAGAUCGACGAGCAUGAAAAUAUAAUCCAUGAAAAAUAACUAUUGAAAUGUUGGUUUUUACAAUAAAGUCAACUGUGUUGUUGAAUAAUUAUAAAACAUGGUGUUUUGACAACAUUUAUGAAAUACAUUUUUUAACCGAUAUCGUAGAAAUCAUUGUUUGAGAACUACUUAUGUAAAUAACUUGUAAAUUCAUAUGCAGUGAAUAGGUGUGGCAUUUAGAGGCAUUUAAACAUCACGGAAUUUAAUGGAAAAACACAGUAGAAUGUAAAUAUACAGCUUUAGAAUUCAUUUUUGAGAUGGUUAACGGUUUAUUAUUGUCUUUUUUUAUUCAAAUAAAAUAUUUGACGGGGUUCCCGCCUUGUGACGCAAUGAAGAUAGUUCAACUCGAGACUCGUUGUGCUGAAGGAAACAUCAACUAACCUUAAAUAAUAGGGAAGAAGUACUUUGGACUGAUCAAACUGGGGGUCGUAUUACAACAGGAAAAUGGCCACUGAUCCUCACAUCACUUCGGCUCAAGAGGUAAUCAUCUGCGACCUUUGUGAGACCCCUGCUAGACAAUUCUGCAACAGUUGCCAGGUCAGUCUAUGCUUGGGUUGCAUUGGUAAACACAUGGACAGUAUACAGCACCUGAAACAUGAUAUUGUUCAGUUCAAGGACAGACAAAUACAGCUGGUUUACGAAGAGUGUGGGAGUCACUCUGGCCAAAGAUGCGAGGCCCAUUGCUCUCGGUGUAAUAUUCCAACCUGCAUGUUUUGUGUCAUUAGUACUCAUAAUGGACACACUAUCAGACUCAUGAAAGACGUAGUCUGUGAUUUGAAGAGCGAAAUUCAACACGAAACACGGGAUAUUGAAUCCAAUCUUCUUCCACUCUACAAGGAGAUGAAGGAAAAUACUGAAAAGGACAUUGGUAAAUUAUCACAAGAAUUUAACAGUCUUGAAUCAGACAUAGAGAAACUAAGAAAAUCAUGGCAACAAGAGGUAGACGCCAUCUUUAACAAAUUCUGUUCUAUGAUCAAGUCAAUGAGAUGGAACCACUUGACUGUCCUGACAUCUCAUCAGUCCCUUCUUGAAAACCAGAUUCAAGAGAUGACCAAAACAGUUCAGCAAAACAAGGAAAUUCACCAAUCGAACAAGGUUUCAGAGGUCACCAAACACCAAUCCAAGCUGACUGAGUACAAAGAAAUCCCUACAAUCGUACAACAUCCGAUACCAUCCCUGAAGAGCAACAUUGACCCCGGUAAGGAAUUAACUAUAGAGCUAGGAGAAUACACAGCUACUCUAAAACAGGCAGAGUUAUCCAGUCAGAGAGAUGCGAAAUUUUCCUCUAUGUCAACAAAAGAUCUGCUAGACAGAGCCAAAGUGAUUUCAACCUUUCCUACAGGAGUUGAAUCAUUGUGGAGGAUUUCCUGUAUAGGAACUGACGAAGCGUGGUUGAGUGGAAAGGGCAAGACCAUUACACGUGUCGACAUUGACGGAAUUGUUCGGGAAAGCGUCACCAGCACUUGCCAAAAAACUCCAGUGGAUACUGCUGUAACCAAGAACAAUGAAUUGAUAUACAGCGAUUCCGACCAUAGAACGGUUAACAUAGUCAAAAAUGGCGUAUCGGAGACUCUGAUCACUGCACCACGAGGAUGGUCACCAAAAGGACUGUGUUCCACUGAAUCGGGGGAUAUCCUGGUCAACAUGAAUAGUGGAGUCCAAAAUAAGGUUGUCCGCUACAAGAAUAGAAAAAUUGCGCAGGAAAUCUUUAAAGAUGAUAAAGGAGACCUGAUAUUUGGAAAAGAUAAGUGGAUGCUGUUUUUGGUAGAAAACAGAAAUGAAGACAUCUGUGUUUCAGAUUUCAUUGCAAAUAGCGUGGUUACCAUUGAUAAGGCGGGAAGAGUUUGCUUCCGGUAUAAAGGCUCACCAGCAGGGGGACCAGAGCCGUUCAGUCCGAGGCAGAUAGUGACCGACUCCCUGGGUCAGAUCAUUGUGGCAGAUUACAACAAUGUCAGCAUCCACAUACUUGAACAGAACGGACAGUUCCUGAAAUGCUUAGACAAGUGUGGGUUUCACUCUCUCUGUGGACUUAGUAUUGACAACAUGGAGAGGCUGUGGGUUGGACUAAUUGAGAACGGAAACGUCAAAGUAAUCCAGUACAUGAAAUAAGUAUCGCAGAUUUAAAGGGAAAUCGGAGGACAAUAAUAUGAAUUAAAAAGCAAGAUGUUUGUGUAAGGAUUUGUUCAAAUGGAUGGAAAAUCGUUUUUCACGUGACAGAGAAACAUAAACUUGAAUGCACGUGCUAUGCAAAAAGAAAACACAAUCCAAUGCGUGAAAUAAACGUCCCAAAUUUAAUUUGUAAUUGAUUGACAACAUAAAACAAAAAUAGAGAUAUUGAUGGACAAUAUAAAAUAGAUCUAGCCAUCUAUCUAUUUGGAUUGAUACUAGUCAUGGUAAACAGGAAUACAAUACCAAAUUUAUAGUGAACAAUAUUCAAAAAGAUGAGGUAAACUUUAAAAUGAAAGUUAUCCAUGGAUUUGGUUAAACUGUUAUGGACGUUAAAAGAAAAAUAAUCCAAUACAAGAAUCCAGCUUUUGAAUUUAUGAGUGAGAGAGCCUCUUCAAAUCAAUGAAAUGAAUUGACAAAAUACAAAGAGGACGCUAACGUGUACUAAAAGUGAAAACAUCUGGAUUAAUAAACGGUAUCUAGAACAAUGUUAUGUAAUGUAAAGACAGGUCACGUUUAAAGACCGAAUUUAUGGACUUUUUUAAGGCCUCUGAUAUUUGAUGCGAUGAAAUGUGACUUUUUGGUGCAUGGCUUGUCCGAUUUAUUAUCAAAACUUUAUAUAUAUGAAUAAAUUUCCAGCCCCCCCCCAAAAAAAAAACCCCAACAUUUUAUUGUUUUCAUAAAUCACAACCUCUUUGGGUGAACGGUAUUAUAUUAUUGUAACAACGUCUUUCAUUUUCAAAGUGAAAUCAAUAUUACGUUCACUCGCCUUUGGGUUAACUGAUAUAUCAUUAUUACAACGUCUGUCUUUUUGAAAGUUAUAUAAGAAUCGUGAAUUUCUUAACAACAAAAAAAGGCAAAUACGAAAGAUGAUGUGAAACACCUGAGCCAUUAUUUUUUGUGAAAUAAUUUUGAAUCAAAACAACAAUUUAAAAAUUAAAGUAUUUGUUUUUAGAAUAUGAAAAUCAUUGGUAUGGUAUGCCUCCAUGCCGAUUACACAGUAUAACACGUCUUUCACAUAUUGUAUAUAUACAUGUAAUAUGUUUGCAUUACUAACUCUUUUAUUAAUAUCUUACAGGUGUAUGGUUGUGAUUCUAUAUGUGCUGUGUAUGUAACAAUUGUAGGCUUCGAAUGAAUAGUCUUAUGAACUUGAAAUAUUACGUCUAGCUUGUCAUUUUAUAGAACCAUCUUUAACAGAUUUUGUGUUACAUAUUGAAUGAUUCACAAUUAUAUUAUCUGCACUGAUUAUUUGUGUGAGUUUUGUCUUUUUGAAUUAAAUAAGUUCAAUGUAUCAACAACCAAUUUAGUAGGUGAUAUUUAUUAGGUGAAUUUAUUAGGUGAUAUCUUUCAUUACCUUAAUCUAAAACCAAACCAAUGAGAAUUCCAAUUAAAUGUAACUUAAUCAAAGGAUGGUAUCAAAUAUUUUGCUUUGUUUGAUGAAUGUUGUACAUUGUUCAUGUUGAAACACUUUCUUACCUCGCACAAUAUUUUCCUAACUGUUAACAUCAAUCGGGAACAAGUUUGUAUGAAUGAAUUGUUAAAGUAUACAUAUUAUUAUUUUAACCGGAAUCAUAGAUUUAAAAAUAAGCAAUAAUUAUUAAAAUAAGUUUGAAUUUCUUAUGGAGGGACCUUAACACAAUUUGAAAUCAUAUUUCUUUUUAAUUUUCUUUUCAUUUAAAAUGACUGACCAAUGAUAAAAUAAUAGACGCCAUGUAAACAAAGAUUGUAUCCUGUUGCUAUUUUAACAAAGCUCGGGCCUUGCUUUUUAUUUACUUUAUGCAUGGUAUAAAAAUUAACUGUUUCAAUUUAUUUAUAAGUAAUAUCAUCAUUAAAAGAAAGCAACAUAUGAUUGAAAAUUAUACCAAAAUAAAACAUAUGUUAACAAGAAUAUGACUCAAAUUUUCUGAACUCUGUACUUCGUUUUAAUAUGCCAUUUGACAUUCAAACAUAUGAAGCACUCCAAAUACCCAUGUAUUCCAUUCUAGACAUAAAAAGGAACUGCAAAUUUUAUGCUCACUGUGUGUAGGUCUCUUUAAAAAGUUCAUGUUUGUUUCACAUAAAAAGCUUUGUUUUCAAACAAAAAUUAUGGAUAGGUUAGAGAAAAAGAAAUAAAGUAUUUCGGUUUUUUUGUUGAAAUAUGAUAUGCGUUGAUAAGAAAUAGUAUGUUUUCGUCUUUCACAUUUCCCACAAAAACAGGUUGUUUUUUUUUAUCAGCUUCUCUGAAAAUAGCAACGCACAAAGUGAGAAUUUAUAAUUGAGGUCUUCUAUCUGCUUUUCAAUUUUGGAAAUUAUAUUUUAGAAGAUAUACUUUAUAUAUCCGUCACAAAAGGGUGGGUCUGUAAAUCCUUAUUUAAUUCAUUCUUUGAUGUAAUACUUUUUCCUUUUGAUCUCCAGCGUUGAUUUUACAUAUUGAUGGCACUAAACACUUCAUGAUAUCUCACAGUUUUUGAAUUGCAUUAUCAAAAUCAAUUAAUCUAAAUUGUAAACUAAGCAACAACCUUCAUUGUUUGCAAAUAAUAUUAUAUUUGUCUUUUUUGUCAUUACAGUGAGACUAUAUGAAAGCAAAAAAUAUAAGGAGGUUUUAUGUGUUUUGUGUGCAAACAGCAAUAGAGAUCAAAUAGAUGCUGAUACAACAAAUUGAUAUUGCGU